GCGGAAUAACGCGCGGCGGCAGGGGGCACCGGGCCCUCCCCCCGCACUUUUUGAGUAUAUAAACGGUGUACCCACCCGCGACCGCGCUACUACAACUAUUAUUCGGAAACCAUUGUACCUAAUUUGUCAUCAUUAAAAUCUCAGUUCAUCAUCAUCAGUCUUUUCAUCAACGCCGAUAUCCUCAACAAGACAACUGACCACCUUCCUGCACAUAAUUUGGUCCUUCGAGCCGGAUCUGCGACCUGAACGAAGCACGCACGAGCAACGAAAAGCAUCGAGAAGAUCACCAACGGCAGUUAAAGGUCAGGUCAAUCAAUCUUUUCCUUCCUCUUUCCUUGCCAAGAUUGUGCUAACAUUGUUUGAAUAGUAUUAGUAAUCCGUUAAUCGUAGGUAGUAUCUGUAUGUCCGUUAAUUUCUCGAUUUCUUUGUUUCGUAACGAGUGAAUCUACCUACAUCUUUGCAUAUUAUCACGACAGUGUUUAGUUACUUGAUUUUGUCGCUCGCAAUCACCAAAAUGACAAAAAAGAGAAAUUCCAUCGUAGACACAGAAAGUAUUGAUGAUAUUAUUCGGGAUUUAGUAAAGAAACGCGGUUCCUUGAAGGGCAAAUUUACGUUGUUUUCAAAAUUUGUUCAAUCACUAGAAGCUUCUAAUCCAACAGAAAUUCAGAAAACGGAAUUAGAUGAGCGCUUAAAAAAGAUAGAAGUCGUGUUUGAUCAGUUUUGUAGCAUUCAAGAUGAUAUAGAUUUGUAUGUCUCGGGUAGUCAGAUAGAUAAAGAACUGCAAGAAAGAGAAUCUUUUGAAAAUCAAUAUUAUGCUAUCGUGGCCAAGUCUAAGUGUAUUUUAAAGGAAAGCUCGACAGUUCAUAGUGAUAACAAUAAUUGUAAAUCACACGCACACGGUAUCAAAUUACCCACAAUUACUUUGCCGAACUUCGAUGGUUCAUAUGAUCAAUGGCUCGAGUUUCGAGAUACGUUUUUAUCACUCGUUCACAGUAGUAAAACUUUAGAUAAUAUACAAAAAUUCCACUAUUUGCGGUCAGUUCUAUCAGGUAAUGCACUACAGGUUAUUAAAGCUUUGGAAUUUUCCGCACAAAAUUACAUCGUUGCUUGGGAUUUAUUGGAGAAUAGAUACAACAACAGCCGGUUGCUGGUUCACAAUCACGUAAAAGCGUUAUUUACCGUCCAGGCAAUAAAUAAAGAGUCAGCUCCUCAAAUACGCAAGCUCAUGGAUGCUAUUUCACGUAAUCUUCGUGCAUUAAAAACAUUAGGCGAACCUACCGACACAUGGGAUACGUUAAUCAUCUAUAUUAUAGUCACAAAGUUAGAUUCUACAACUGAGCGCGAAUGGGAACUUUUCAGAGGUACCCUCACAAACUCGUCAUCAAAUAAAACAAUUUCGUUGUCUGAUCUAAUGACCUUUCUUAAGGACCGCGCGGAUUUUCUAGAAACGGUUAAACCUUCUCAUAGCAAAUCAAUGGAUAGUAGUCAAAAUAAUCACACAAAAAAUAUGUCGUCAGUAAAAACACAUAGUCAUGUUUCUACUCAGAAAGAUGGAAAGAAAUCGGCUAAUCACACAAAGUCGCCGCGUUACAAGUGCAAUUUGUGCAGCUCAAAUCAUCCUAUUUAUUCGUGCGAUGAGUUCCUUCUUUUAUCAUCUAAAGAUAAAUUAAAGUUAAUCGACGAAAAAAAUCUUUGCCGUAACUGUUUACGUGCCGGACACGCGUUAGCGGAUUGCUGGUUCGGGCCGUGCAAGCACUGUAAUAAAAAACACAAUACGUUAAUACACAGUGAAUUCGUUGACGCUAACGAACCGUCUACUGUUUCACACACAGCGCAAAUAGUGGCUUCAGAGUCCACUACAGAAAUCACACAUAAAAAUAUAGCAUCUUCCACUGCAUCUCGUUCUCACACGACUCACACGCCUUAUAAGGUCGGUAAUCUUGAUACGCGCUAUUUUUAUGAUCAAGUAUUAUUAUCGACAGCAUUAGUGGAGAUUGCGGAUGCAGAAAAUAAAUAUCACACUACCCGCGCUCUUCUCGACAGUGGGAGCCAGCACUGUUUUAUAUCCGAAAAGCUUUGCAAAACCCUCAACAUUCCAACGAUACAGGCCACUAUGCAAGUCAUUGGGGUAGGCAACUCCGUGACACAAUCCACACAAUUAUGUAAAUUAAAAAUGCGAUCUAAAACAAGCUCUUAUAACACACACAUUAAUUGCUUAGUGUUGUCUCAAAUUACAGCACAAUUGCCGUCACUAGGCAUCCAUCAUAAAAUCGAAAUUCCUAAUAACAUACAACUUGCGGACCCUGACUUUCAUUCAAGUAAUGAAAUUAAUUUAUUAAUUGGUGCCGACAAGUUUUAGGAUCUGCUAAAUGAAGGUCUAAUACGUUUGCCUAAAGGUCCUUAUUUGCAAAACACAAAGCUUGGCUGGGUUAUCUCAGGUUCAGUUCAAAACCAAAAUAAACAUAGUUCAAAUACUCGUACACAAUGUAAUUUCACACAAGCAUUGGACAUCGAACUUAAACGUUUCUGGGAACUCGAAGAGAUCACCUGUAAUAAACAAAUAAUGACAAAGGAAGAAAUCGCAUGCGAAAAAUUGUUUAAAGACACCACUUUGCGUGACGAUAAGGGUCGUUUUUCAGUGCGUAUUCCGCUUAAGGAAUCAGCUGAUGAGCUGCGCGAUACGUUUUCAAUGGCCGAGAACCGGUUCUUGGCACUCGAGCGCAAACUAAUCCGAAAUUCACCUAGUUAUAGGCAAAUGUAUUGCAAUUUUAUGAAGGAAUAUUUAAGUUUAGGGCACAUGAGCCGUAUCGCAGAAUAUACGCCGCCUUACUAUUGCCUGCCCCAUCACGGUGUCUUUAGGGAACACAGUACAACCACAAAACUUAGAGUAGUGUUCGAUGCGAGUGCCAAGUCUACGUCAGGCAAGUCUUUAAAUGACAUACAGUUUACUGGUCCGUCUUUACAAAAUGACAUAUUCGCUAUUUUAUUACGGUUCCGGCAAUUUAAGUAUGUCGCCUGUGCCGACAUCGAGAAAAUGUACCGUCAGAUAUUGGUUCAACCAGACCAAAGACGAUUACAAUUAAUUCUUUGGAGGGAGAAGCCGUCUGAACCCCUUGGCAUAUAUCAACUUAACACCGUCACCUAUGGGACGGCAUCCGCGCCUUAUUUGAGUAUUCGGUGUCUUAAACAACUCGCGUUGGAAUGCGAUGAUGACGUCAUUGCACAAGUCAUUAAUAACGACUUCUACGUGGAUGACCUAAUAACGGGAAAUGAAGAUCAUCAAAAAUUACUAGAGAUAUGUAAUGGGGUUGCUAAAGUUCUAGAAUCAGCUUGUUUUCCGCUGAGAAAGUGGAUCUUCAAUGCAAAACCUGCGCAAACCCAAUUCGAAUCUACGUUUAAAGAGUUAUCUUUAGGAGACUCAUGCCACACCAAAACGCUGGGAUUGGGGUGGUUUAAUUCUUCGGACGAAUUGUACUUUAACACUCAACAUGAGCAUACUUUAACUCAUGCGACUAAGCGUAGCAUUCUUUCCUCUAUCGCGCAAAUAUACGACCCUUUGGGUCUACUCACCCCGAUGAUAGUCAUUGCCAAGAUAAUACUUCAAAAACUGUGGUUAGCAAAGAUAGGUUGGGACGAUCCAAUUCCUAAGAAUAUUUUAUUAGAUUGGCAGAACUUUGUAAACAAGCUACAUUAUUUACAACAUUUGCGCAUACCUCGUUAUGUGAUAGGAGAUAACGCGCACACAAUUGAGUUACACAUUUUUUCUGAUUCAUCGAAAGAUGCAUACGGGGCAUGUGCGUAUAUACGUAGCUAUACAGAUACAGUGAUAACCGUGCAUUUGUUAUGUGCGAAGAGCAAAGUGGCACCGGUGAAACCGGUUUCCAUUCCACGCUUAGAACUGUGCGGCGCGGUAGUAGGCGCGAGACUUUACAAAAAGAUAAUUAGUUCGUUACGAUUAACGUUUAAUAAUAUAUAUUUCUGGUCAGAUUCUACCGUAGUGCUAGGAUGGCUCAAAAUGCCACCGAAUCAGUUAAAACCAUUCGUGCAAAAUCGUGUUGUGGAAGUAAACGAACUAACGGGUGAUAAAGCAUGGCUUCACGUUAGUGGUAAACAAAAUCCAGCUGACUUAUUAUCGCGCGGAGUGCAAUUGGAUGUGUUGAAUUCUUCUGAUCUAUGGUGGCGUGGGCCUUCAUUCUUACAUGUUCAUGGGAUGGAAGGUAAGCAUAGUAACAAUCCAAAUAUUAAUUUCGAUGAAUUACCAGAAUUAAAAUCCACAAAAAUCACAUUAGUAAAUCAAACGAUACCGAGUACUUUUCCUUUCGAAAGGUUUUCCAAUUUAACUCGUAUGCUACGUGCGGUGGCUUAUAUAAUUCGUUUUGUGAAUAAUUGUCGACAUAAAAUUAAAUCUCGGCGCCUCAUAGAUAAUUUGUCGGUUGAUGAAUUAAACACGUCAACAAUAAUUUUAACGCGUAUUGUACAACAACAAUCUUUUCCAACUAUUUAUGAUAACAUAAUUAGGAAAAAAUCUUUAAAGUGUCCUCGUAAUAUUUCUAAUUUAAACAUA